AUGUCGUGGAUCCGUCGACUAGGUUGCUCGCAUGCUGUAAUUGGACCGAUUACUAUCAACUCGGAGCUUGAUAUUCACCUUGAUGACCAAUAUUUGAAGUACAACUGGAAGGUGGCUGGAAGAAUGACUCGGGGGUAAAAACUUUUUUUAUCUUUAGACCAAGCUCAAUUUUGGCCACGAAAGUUUUUUACAAACUUUUUUCAGUUUAAAAUCCCGUUCCGGCACUGUGAAAACCUUGCUCUACCUCGAUUUUGCCCUCGGCAAUUUUACUUCUACAGAAGAUUUGGACUUUGCAAAGUUGGAGAAAAAGUUGUCAGCGGUUUUUAACUUCAAUGGAUUUGUGUUGAAAAUCCCAGAGGAAGAUUUCGUCGACGAUUUUUUGAAUUUCGUCAAAAAAUUAAAAAGUUUUUUUGUGGGUUUCCAAAUUGACGUUGAAAUCACUUCAAUGACUUCGAUGAAGUCUUUAUUUGGCAUGGAAGAAGUUUUCGACAACUUUUAUGUGAAUGGUAAGACUUGUUUGCUAGAAAAUCUAUUACAAUUUAUAGGCUAAGUGCUCAAAGUGCUACGCUCGGAUUUUGACUUUACAGGCCUUGAUAUUCAGAGAUUUUUGCUGCUGAGAGAGUAGGCGAAACGCAGAGGGCAGUCAGAAAGAAAAGUGUUUUGGUCGUAUCUUUGCCGGUUUUAUGCGGUAAAAAUUGAUUUUUCGUGGAAACAUUUCCCUUUACGGUAGAUAUUAUGUAUAUAUGCGUAAUUUUAUGUGCCAAAUUUUUAUUUUUUUACCUCAAAAUCUCGGUUGCAAACGCGGGCUAUUAGUCUCGCCUAUAUCUUUACAAAAACUAUUAGAACUAUUUGGGGUAGUUCUUGGGGUUAAGAUCCGGAGAUCUCCUAGAAACGACUCGCCAAGCACGUACGAGUGAUAGAUUUAUCCAAACUAAACGAUACAAUUGGGGAAAAUACGAGCAAGAGUAAACAAGUCAACAAUAAAAUUCUUCCGUUCUCCUUCUAACCUCCUUCAACCUCUGACCAAAUCCUCCCGUCCUAUAUCUCCAUCUAUCCGUUAUCUAAUGUCUGAAUUCCUCCUUCUUCGUGGAUCCUAUUGUAGUUGUUGCAGAAUGCCAAUAAGUGUUUCCGUGGUGAGACCAUUUGCGGGUAUCCGUGCGAGUUGUUCUUGAGGUUCCACUGGCUCCAAAAGUGUUGACAGGCUCCAAAUGUGUUUGAACUCGUGAUUGCUUGUCAUGGUGCUGGCCUAGGUCCUACUAACUAUUAUAAAUUUGUGCCAACUUUCAUCAAAAUCUAAGCGUCGAACUUGGACCACUACCCUUUCAGUGGACAAAGAAAUCCCCUUCCGAAACUCGUCGAUUUUCGACGAAUAUCGACUGGUCGAUCCGUUAUUCCCAAAUUCGGAGAUUCUCUCCAAUGAAACGAUCAGCGGACUUGUAAACAAAGUUGCAAGUCUAAUCGAACCACAUCGACUAAUAGUUGGCCUCUCUUCUCUGGCCAGAGGCAUCAUCGCCAAUAAUGAGACGAAUUUUGAUCGAGGACAAGAUUGGCUGCUGGAGAAAAACAUGACUCUGAAGCAGUAUGAAAGCACUGAUGGGCGAUUUUCACUUCAAGAGGUGAGUAUAUAGGUCCUUCAAAUUUUAUAUUUGGAUUUUCCCGCAAUUUCUGGCAUUCUGUUGCAAGGGCUAGAAAUAAAUCCGGAACGUUAUAAAAGUCGUAACAGACUAAGGGCUGGGAUUUCGUAAGCUUUACUGCUUAAAAUUCAAUGAAAAUUCAAAUUUCCGCAAUUUUUGGCAUUCUGUUGCAAGGGCUAGAAAUAAAUCCGGGACGUUUGUAAAUGCCGUAUCAGACUCAGUUCUUGGAUUUGUUAAGCCUUACUUUCGAAAAUAUGCUAAAAUUUCAAAUUUCCCGCCAUUUUUUGGCAUUCUGUUUUAUCUUUCAAAGUUUUUUUUCCAGAUUUGCGAACCUCUAAUUCUCGUGCCGAUAAAAGAGGAUGAAUCCACAAUGACAAAUUAUUUUCUGGACCGAAAUCAGAAUUGGUUUUCACUGAAUGCCCCGUACUCUACCGUAACCUACAGUAAGCUCAGAUGGAUCAUCGGAGAAGGCGUUGCUGGGAUUGGAAUAUCCGAUUUGACCGCUGAUGACCCUAACAGCGACUGUCGUUAUGGAAAAUUCCCAUUGCUUCGUUUUCUGAGCAGUAACUUUGAUUGCAAAUUUACGGCAAGAUCUCAGGUCAAGCGAAGCGUUUGCGGGAAAUUUUUGCCGAUUUUGUAG